GAGGUUUGGUUGUUCUGGAAUGAUGCUGGUGUGAAAUCGAGAACGCGAACAUCAGAUGAACCUCAGCCAAUCGGAGCGCUCGCUUUAAGGUGGCUUCAAACUCCCUGACCAAUCACCGCGCAGUAUUUCUUCAGCUCGCGACGGAGCGGCGCAUCACCGGCAGCUGUUUGCGUUGAACGUCACGCGUUUGAUCAUCACUGCUUCACCGGAGCGGCGUCUUCCAUCCUUCCGCGUGCGCUACAUUCACUCGCAACAUCAGAUCGGCAGUGGUCAUCAUGCCUGACAGGGACAUCACAUCUCCAGUUUGGCAUCCAGAACCGGGGGCAGUGGAGGACGUGUUUGAUCACACGUAUAAAGAGAAAGAAGGGCCCAAGCCUCCCAUCGUCAUAGUGUGGAGAAAUGUGAUUCUGAUGAGUCUCCUGCACAUCGGAGCUCUGUACGGACUGCUCCUGCUUCCUUCUGCACGCGCUCUCACUUGGAUCUGGUUUUUUGGGUGUUUGUUGUUCAGUGCUCUGGGCAUCACCGCCGGCGCUCACAGACUCUGGAGUCACCGAUCAUAUAAAGCAUCAUUACCUCUCCAGAUCUUUCUCGCCGUCGGAAACUCCAUGGCCUUCCAGAAUGACAUCUACGAAUGGUCUCGAGAUCACCGCGUUCACCACAAAUACUCCGAGACGGACGCAGACCCUCACAACGCCGUGCGAGGCUUCUUCUUCUCUCACGUCGGCUGGCUGCUGGUGCGCAAGCAUCCGGACGUCAUCGAGAAGGGACGCAAGCUGGAGCUCGGAGACCUGAAGGCCGAUAAAGUCGUCAUGUUCCAGAGAAGGUUCUACAAGCCGUCUGUGCUGCUGAUGUGCUUCUUCGUGCCGACGGUCGUGCCGUGGUACUUUUGGGGCGAGUCUCUGUGGGUGGCGUAUUUCGUACCUUCCCUCCUCCGGUACGCUCUUGUGCUCAACGCCACCUGGCUGGUUAACAGCGCCGCGCACAUGUGGGGAAACCGGCCCUACGACGCCAAAAUCAACCCCCGGGAGAACCGAUUCGUCACCUUCAGUGCUAUCGGUGAAGGCUUUCAUAACUAUCACCACACGUUUCCCUUCGACUACGCCACCAGCGAGUUCGGCUGCAAGCUCAACCUGACCACCUGCUUCAUAGACCUCAUGUGUUUCCUGGGUCUGGCCCGAGAGCCCAAGCGUGUGUCCCGAGAGGCCGUGCUCGCUCGAGCCCAGCGCACCGGAGACGGCAGCCACUGGAGCGGCUAACGAGCGCCAUCCGUUCAUCCCAACGAACGGCACACCGGAAAACAGGAGGACAAUCAGUCCUUCCAGCGACGCUGUUGAAGCUUCCGCUCUAACUCUGUGUCAGAUGACAAAUGUUUUUUUUUUUCCAGUCUAGCCUGUGAAGCUUUAAUACGGGGAUCCGGCCUGUUUGUGUAGCGCUUAUUCAGAUUUUCUUUCCGGCUGUAGAUCUGUUCUGAGCUCUUGUCAAUGACUCAAUGCAGGAGCUAAUCACGGUGCCCAAUGACCCUGCCAAACUUAGCUGUGCAUCUCGCUAGAAAUGAACACAGAUGCACAUCUAUUUAAUAUUCUAGAGUGUUUCAUGAGUUGUUAUUAUUGCCAAUUGGUUUUGUUGCCAUGCUUGCACAGAUUAUUCACUUGCAAUCCAUUUUAAUGGUUUGUGAUUAUUAUAUUCUUGUGCAUUUCUGACCACAGCACAAAUGCGGAUUGAGAUUAAUGUCUAAUCCGUAAGAUCACUUUGUAACGUUGACUUCUAAUUAAUAAUUAAACGUCACCGAGGAAUCCAGAAGGAA